GCAGCACCAGCAUUGGACAGGAGCUCAGGUUCCUUCUCAUUAGACUUCCACAGCAAAGCAGAUUAAAGAUUUGGGAAUUAGCAUCUGAGGUUGCUUUAGGCAGAUUAAACAAUAGGUGCUGGGGGGGUCCAACCCAAAGAAGGAGAAGUUGAGGGGCAGCAGGAGAUUCAGAGAAGAGAAUAGGGAGAGGGCAGAAAAGAAAAGACAUGCACACAUAUAUAUACUGUAUAUUGAGAGAGGGGAGGGUGACAGAAGGAUAGGGCAGUAGAGUGCCUUCCCAGGGUGUCCCAUCUGAUAAAAGAGCCAGUGACUGGGAAACAGCCGGACAGUGCUUGGGGAAUUUAAUGUCUAGGGAAGAGUUGGAGGAACCUUCCUGGAGAAUAUGAACCAAUUAGAAAAUGGGGAGUGACCGGUGGAAGAAUAUCAGAGGGACCCCCCAAAUGGAGGACUCUGUGCAGGAGAAAUCCCAGAGGAAAGGCUGUGGCUACAUACUCUGCACUGUUCUACUGUCUGUGGCGGUGCUGUUGGCAGUUACGGUCACCGGCGCAGUCCUGUUCAUGAACCAAUACCAUGCCCCAUCCACGGAACCACCGCCGGUCAUUACCACUAACAUGGAAGAUCCCAACGCUCUAGUGACCAUCGAGAGGGCAGACAGUUCUCACAUCAACAUCUUUAUUGACCCCAACUGCCCGGAUACGUUCCCUCGGCUGGAGGGACUGCAGUCCACUAUGCUUUCUGCACUGGCCGAUCACGACUCCGAGCAGAAGAUGGCCGGGGGGAAGGAGCGGGCACUGUUGACAAGUCUGUCAGACCAAGUGGCACAGAUGGUGUCCCAGGUGGCCCGGCAGCGAGCAGACUGGGAGAAUGUCAAGAAAGUGCAAAAUGGGCUGGGGACAGAGAUUGGAGCCCUAAAAAAUGAGCAAGGGAGACUUAUAAAGCUUCUCUCGGAGGGUCAGAGCCACGUGGCUCAGCUGGGCAGCUCGGUGAGCGAAGUCCUGGAGACGGUACAGAGAGAACUGGGCUCAGGGCGUCCUCGUUUGAAGGCUGAUCUCCAGAGGGCUCCAUCCAGAAGCGCUAGGCCUAGAGGUUGCGCCAAUGGUUCCAAACCGCGGGACUGCUAUGACAUUUACAUGAGUGGCCAACAGGAGGAUGGGGUCUAUUCCGUGUUUCCCAUCCACUACCCAUCUGGCUUCCAAGUCUUCUGCGACAUGACUACUGAUGGAGGGGGCUGGACGGUGUUUCAGAGGAGAGAGGACGGCUCAGUGAAUUUUUUCCAGGGUUGGGAGCAGUAUCGGGAUGGCUUUGGCAAGCUAACAGGGGAACACUGGCUGGGACUACAGGGGAUCCAUCUGCUCACCAUGCAGGCGCACUAUCAGCUCCGGAUCGACUUGGAGGACUUUGAUAACGCUACAGCCUAUGCUGUGUACAACACCUUUGGUGUGGGCUUGUUCUCCGUCAACCCUGAGGAAGAUGGUUACCCUAUCACUGUAUCGGACUACACAGGCACAGCAGGAGAUUCUCUUGGAAAGCACAGCGGUAUGAAGUUCACCACUAAGGAUUUAGACAACGACCACUCGGAGAACAACUGUGCCACCUUCUAUCAUGGCGCUUGGUGGUACCGCAACUGCCACACCUCCAACCUAAAUGGUCAAUACCUGCGUGGCCAUCAUGCCUCCUACGCUGAUGGCAUUGAGUGGUCCAGCUGGACAGGUUGGCAGUACUCCCUCAAAUUCACAGAGAUGAAAAUUCGACCUCAGCGGGAAGAGAACUGAUUUCUUCCUUCUCUUUGGCACAGCAGAAAUUUCGGACAAUUGCACAAAUAACAUGACUGAGGAACUGGAGGCAACCAGGGUGUGACAUCUAAGUAGCACUUAUCUACUUGGAACUGUAAAGUUACUGCCUGUUUUUUUUUUCCUUCUCUUUUACAGCCAGAGCUUUGUUGCAGAAAACGCCUUCACCCAGAUUAGAGGAGGCCAAAAUAUACGAGAGAACACUGGGUGGGACAGGAGAAAUGAAAAGGUUGAAUGGUUCACCAAGGGAAUUUUGUUUGUCAGACCACAGUAACUGGAUAUGGAUCCCGAUGGUAUCAGUGAGAUGUUGGAUAUCCUUGUGUACAAGAUUUUACUAUGGCGUAAUCCCCUUUGUCUCUUGUGGUGCCCCGCUGUAGAUGUUCAGCUUCACACAAGAGAAGAUGGACCUCAGCAGAACCUGUUAUCCUCCUCUCUGGCUUCAACCGCGCCUCUGGGUUUUGACUAGGUGCUUCCUCUGUUUUGGGUUUUGUUGUUCAGACAAUAUAAUUUUCCCUUUUCUGAUGGAAGCUCUCAUGAAGAACCCUCUGGUACCUUCUUCUAGUUUCAGAACAUUCAAGAAAGCACAUUCUUUCUCUGACGUUUUCCUGGAGCUUUCAGUAUGGCAAUGCUUUAUGGACCUGGUCAGAAAUUAGAGAGAGUUCUUGGAUAAGAGAUGGUUGGACUGAACCAGACAUUGGGUUGAAUAACAGUAGAUGGCUUGAGAGCAUACAUGCAGUGCUUUUAUUCUAUGGUCUCCAUUUUUACAGUCCGGUAUUCCAAGAUUUAUUGUCCGAUGAAAACGUCCAUGAACUAUUUCCUCUUCGUAAGGGUGGAGGCGUUUGUCUUGUCUGCAGCAGCUUUUGUAAGACCACUGGAAGAGAACCAAGUUUAAACAAGCCUAUGACAUCAUAUUUAAGUUCCUUUAAAGGAAAAGCAUCACCAAAAAAAAAAAGUUCAGGCUUUAAGAAACUUUGGAAAUGAUCUUGCAUUGCCAUUUGUUAUUCUUUCUUUUUAUUGAUGUGUGGAGCUGCAAACUUCUGAUUUUUGUAAUUAAAGUGUUGAACACAAA